UUAUUCUGAAGGAGACGCGACCGGAAGCUGGGUUGGUUAGCUGACAGGGUGUUAAAAUUAGCUUAAUCUUCGGCACAAGUUACUAAAGUUUUCAGUCAGAAGGAUAACAAAAUGUUUGUGUAACGUUAGACGGAUCAUAGCAGCUUUAGAAGAAACGCUGAAGGGACCAAACGCACAUUUUAGCGGAUAAAAAGUAGAAGUUUAUGCUCAAGUUCAGCGCUAGCGUUAGCUACGAUGUUACCUCAGCUAACAAGAUCAAUGGGAGCAACCCGGUCCGGCUGCUAGAACCGGACCAAAUCCCCGUGAAGCGUGUUCUGAUUGGAUCCUGGUGGGUCCAGAUUUCAGGAUGCUCCAGGGCCUGUACUCCAACCUGGACCGGGACCGGCCCCUGAUCCGGCUCCCCUUCACCAGGUUUGCCGUGGUAACAGUUCUGCUCCCGCUGACCGGCCUCCUGGCCUGCAUCUUCACCUCCCUCUACUACCACUUCGAAGACUCAACUUACACCCACUGUCAGGUGUCCAACUACCUCCCGUCCAUCAGUUCUGCUAUCAGCCGCGAGCCGGAGCGCUACAUCUGGCGCAGCUGCAUCGGGCUGCACUCGGCGCCGCGGUACCUGGUGGCUGUGGUCUACUUUAACUUCUACCGCCAACGUUUCGCCGCCCAGCUGCCAGAACUUCUGCUGAGCGGGCUGGCGCUCGUCUGCAGCCUUGCAGAGAACACCGGCCUGGUUCUGCUCUCCUACGUGGCGUCCACAGAAACCUACAAAGUUCAUAAAAACGGCUUCAUCACCUUCAUAGCAAGCUCGCUGCUGCACAUGCUCAUCACAUGCAGACUGUGGUACGUCAUCCGGAGGAACUACGUCAGCCAGGAGGAGGUAACGUCGUAUCUCUGGAAGCUGCGUCUCUUCCUGUUCAACGUCGGCUGCUUCGCAGCUGCAGCAUAUUUCUUCAGGCGCCACAACAAGUUCUGCGAGACGGGAGUUUACACCCUGUUUGCUGCCUUCGAGUACCUGGUGGUCUUCUCCAACAUGGCCUUCCACAUGACGGCCUUCUGGGACUUUGGGAGUACGGAGGUGAUGGUGGCCACGCUGCCAGAGGGCAAACGGUACUGAGACCGGAUCGUCCACGCAGACGUUAAGAAUGAAAGGAUGGAUUCAUUUUUACAGUUUGAGACUGAGCUCGACCCAACAACCAGAACGUGGUCCAGAGACUCCAGACAGCUCCACGAAUGGUUCUGAUCCACAAUACAAGAGAAGCGUGUUGAGUAACGUCAGCACAAACGUUUCAGGAAGUCAUGUGACAUUGAGCCUGGACAGACUAAAUUCUGAACGGGUUCUGGUCUCUGCUGAAGUCUAGAAAGAGAACCCCAACAACACUCAGAGGAGCCAGUUGUGUAAGAAAAGGUUUAUUAUAGUGAAGCCAAGGUUACACGUCCUGAUGGUUCCAGUCGAGUCCACAUGUCCUGUAGCAGCGACCCGGUCCAGCCCAAAGCUCGUUGGAUCUCCAGCAGCUCGUUUUACUUCCAACAUUUUCACCUGGGUCCCGCUGCGUCUGACCCACAUCAGCGUGUUGGUUCUGACUCGGUUCCUGCUGCUGUUGGGUCUUUUCAUCAUUUGGGGAAGCUGCUCAUUUAUUCAACUCACUUCCCUUCCUCGUUUCAGCUGAACAACAAACGGUUUCUCACAGCGCUCCACCAGCACCGUUCAGGGAACUCGGAGGGAGGAAGUUCUGUUAGAACCAAGCCAGAAACAUCCUGUUUUACGCUAAAGGGCUCAGAUGAACAGAACAAGAGCCGAGGGCGUCGAAGGGCUGGAAUCAUCUGGUGAAUCAUCUGGUGAAUCAUCUGGUGAGUCAUCUGGUGAGUCAUCUGGUGAAUCAUCUGGUGAAUCAUCUGGUGAAUCAUCUGGUGAAUCAUCUGGUGAAUCAUCUGGUGACCUGGUUACCGUGUUCAGAAAAUCAGCUGUUUUUUUAUAGAUUAACAUUACUGCCACUAGAGGAGGACACCUGGAGAGGUCUCCGUCUCACCUGUAGGGACAAUUUACAGUCUCCCAUUACCCUGACGUGUUUUAGGUCUGUGGGAUGAAACCCGCCCAUGCGUGGGGUGAACGUGCUGACCCACAGAAAGGACACGAGGAUUUAAACCUGCAACCUUCUCACUGUGAGGCAGCAGAGCUGCCAUGCUGUCUCAUAAAGUAUAAUUACAUUAAAUACACAAGCAUAAAAUCAUUAUGAGUUUAUCACAGCCUUUUGGCACUAACAGGCUUCCGUAGGUUCUGAUGUUACCUGUGCUGUAUUAAACAGACGUAAAACCA